CAGUGUGGUCACCUGGUUUGUGAUAAGGAGCGGGGGUAAUUGCUGAUUAAAGGCUGACGACUGAGGCAUUGUAAUUUAUACAACACAAGGGCUUUCUAAGCGGGCAGUAUACAGUGGUUAUUACGGUAAUUGUAGAACAGGAAGCACGGCCGCCUCUGUCUGGGUUAUUACGGUGCUGGUGCUGAUGCUGCGAUGAGUCAGGCCGUGUGAUGCUGAGAUUGCUGCCAUUUCAUCAGCAUUUUCCAAACACCUCUCCAUCUUUACAACAUGGAAAAACUGGAAUAAAGCAACCAGCACGGAAGCAGGACGCUUUUCCAACACCAAAAUUGAGACCAUUUAACCCUUUAGACGCGUCAUUAUCGCUGGUUGUUUUUUUAAUGGAUGAGAGCAGGCCUUUAGAUUCCAGGCAUCUGUUUUCCAGAGAAAUAAUUUCAAAUAAGACGUUUAAUGCGAUUUUUUUUUUUUUUUUUUUAAAGUAGAAAUGUAGAUAUGGUGUUUUAGUUGCCAUUUUCUACUGACAGCAUAUGAAAACACGACAAAACGACAAAAAUUGCUUGCUUUAUUAGACCGACAUUUACUUCAUAUGUUUGAAGAAUCCGUACAGUAGAUAGAUGCUGUGAUUAAGUGAGAUGUUUACUUUUUAACAAAAAACAACACUACUGGACUGGACUAAUAAUAAUAGAUGAAUAAUAAAUACAUACAUAGAGAAACGAAUCAUUAUUAAAAUAAUUCAUCAAUGGGCCAAGCAACCAGUAACUUGUGUCAGGAGAUACACGAGGCUCCGUGACCAAUUAAUUAAAGCGUAAAGAGAGGCGAAAGAAAAUCGGUUCUGAAAAAAAAAAAAAAAAAAAAAAGAAAAAUCAACAUUUAUAGUCUCUGUUUCAAAUUGCUGAUAUUUGCAAAAUGGAGGCCAACUGACCUUGGAGUUUCCCGAGACAGUGUCUGUCAAAAAGCUGUGUUGCAGCCUGAAAGAUGGAGCCGGUGCGGGUGCGAUAACUGCAGCACUCAGCCUGGAAUUUCAGCCUGUUUUCGCACAAUAGGGAGCUCAGCUAGAGGCUUAUGCGUUCAGGAGGAAAACGGAGAUCUCACAGCACAGCACUGCAGUUUCAGCAGCGGCGGAGCGGAGGAAAAUAGACUGCGAGACACGGGAAACGGCGAUUACUGGAGCUAGAACACAAACUGGAGAAAAAAAAAAAAAAGCUUUUUAAAUAUUCAUAUUGAUGUUUAUGUGACUCAUUCGGGAUUUCCGUUCCCCUUGCUGCUGGUGUGCCUAGAGCUCUUUUAGGAGCAGGCCAAUGCGAGACGAGAAUUGCCUCGGUGUUUAUUUGUAAUUUCUGAAAAGCUAGCAAUCUGAAGAAUAGUAUAUCUGCAGCUUCUGUUUACUCCCCAACCCGCGGGUGUUUGGGCAAUUAAUGCUUACUGGAUUUAUAACGACGGUUUGGUUUAAUAUUGUGUUUAUUUAUUGUAUUUGUAUUCGCAAUCCACGGAGCUGUAGCCCGUUCUUGUCACUGUGGGAUGUUAAUAUAACUGGGAGGCUUUUAAACGCCUUUCAACAAAUUAUUUCAUAAUCUUACAUUACUGUCGAACAGGUGCGGUAUUGCCGGUUUUCAGCACGACAUGCGCACUAUUUAAAUCACAUUCAACUGUCAUAAACUAUCAAACUAGUUUAUAAUAUCAAGCCCUCUGUGUUUUCCUGCGAGAUCGUCACUGAACGUGUUGUGAUUCCAACGUGCAUAAUAUUUUUUUUCAAGCUUUUGCUCAGUUUCAAAUACGAGGCAAACCAACAAUACAUUUAAAAAAAAGACUUUAUUUGUCAAGCCUAGUUUAAAUUCAGAAGCACCCCUCAUUUAUAAAAAGGGUGUGUUGUUAUUGCCGGACAAUACGCUACUGCAGUCAGCUCUGUGUGUGACAGAUCAGGCGAGAUGGAGGCGAUAUGGUUGUACCAGUUCCGGAUGAUCGUGAUUGGUGAUUCUACGGUCGGAAAGUCGUGCCUCAUUCGGCGGUUCACCGAGGGACGCUUCGCCCAGGUGUCCGACCCAACGGUCGGUGUGGAUUUCUUCUCGCGGCUGGUGGAGAUCGAGCCGGGGAAACGCAUUAAACUGCAGAUCUGGGACACUGCGGGGCAGGAGCGUUUCAGGUCCAUCACCCGCGCUUACUAUCGCAACUCAGUGGGCGGGCUGCUGCUGUUCGACAUCACCAACCGGCGCUCCUUCCAGAACGUGCAUGAGUGGCUGGAGGAGGCGCGCAGCCACGUGCAGCCGCACCAGAUCGUCUUCGUGCUGGUGGGGCACAAGUGCGACCUGGACGGGCAGCGGCAGGUGAGCCGGCAGGAGGCGGAGAAGCUGGCGGGCUCCUACGGGAUGAGGUACGUGGAGACCUCGGCGCGGGACGCCAUCAACGUGGAGAAGGCCUUCACCGAGCUGACACGGGACAUCUUCGAGCUGGUCAAGCGAGGAGACAUUACCAUCCAGGAGGGCUGGGAGGGGGUCAAGAGCGGCUUCGUGCCCAACGUGGUGCACUCCUCCGAGGAGGUUAUGAAGAGUGACCGCCGUUGUCUCUGCUAAUCCCACCACAGCCAUGGAGCCACAGCCGGACACACAAGCAGGGAGGGAGGGAGCUGCCAGCACAGGAGCGGGCGUUCACUGGGACCUCCCUCCUUCCCUCUUGUUUUGGAGAGAGGGAAUGAAGGCCACACAGCGCUUCUCCUUCCACACCUGGGCAAUUUGAAAUGCGGCAUUUCCCUUCUUUCUUUCUUUUGUUUGGUUGUUAUGUUUUUAUUGUUUUGCUUUUCGAAACGUCCACGGACAUUGUUGCUGUAAUGCAGAGCUCCAGCUUUUUAGGCAAUGUAUAUUAAUAUACUGUAAUCUAUGAAACAAGAAUAGCAAACAAUAAGAGCAGCUAACUUAGGUGUGUCAUUGACUGACAGUGAGGGUGCUGCAUGGCCUCUGGCAUCUUCAACUGUGGCAAUCCCACGUAUACUAAAUAUAUACUAGAACCAGCAGUGCCCACAGGGAAUGCAUUGCCGUGCCAUUUCCAGCAAUUCUUCAACUAAGCAAGGCACAUUUUUUUCGGACGAUGUGGGUUGUCUUGAUUCUCAUCAUGUCAUGUAUAGUAAUAAAAAAAAAAUAAAUCAAUGUUUCUUACUG